AUGUUGUUUGAACAGUCUGGCUAUCAUUUCAGCUAUCCAUGCUGGACUUGUCAUAGGGACGGAAUAAAUGCUAUUCUCCGCGAAGUGGACAAGUAUUUCCUUCAAAUGAAAAAUCAUCGGAAAAGCCGCUUAUGCGCGCGCAGUGCUGUCCGUGAAAUGACAUCAGAAAAGCUCCAGAUCCAUGUAACUACAUUAUUCCAGACCCCGUGGUGGUAG